GUGCCCUGGGCGGCCGCCAGGUGGCUGACUGCAGCAGCAGUGCCCUGGGCGGCCGCCAGGUGGCUGACUGCAGCAGCAGUGCCCUGGGCGGCCGCCAGGUGGCUGACUGCAGCAGCAGUGCCCUGGGCGGCCGCCAGGUGGCUGACUGCAGCAGCAGUGCCCUGGGCGGCCGCCAGGUGGCUGCACUUGCCAGUAAACACAACGUGUGCAGGCAAAUAAUGGGUAAGAAGGGCAAAAGAUUCAUCGAUAAACGACGCGAUGCCUUGCACAUGUUUAAGGUUGUGCCUCGCAGUCAGCGAGAUCCGCUGAUUGCCGAUGAGACUGCUCCACAAGCAGUCCUACAGCCAACUGAAGAGACCCCUCAGAAAGCAGAGCAGCAGAAGUAUGGAAUCUUCUUCGAUGAUGACUACAACUACCUGCAGCACUUGAAAGGUGUUCGUGAAGCUGUUAAUUGGGAUGAAGAGGAACUGGAGGUGUACACCAUUCGAAGAGAAGAUCCCCAGUUGGGUAAGAAAGAGUUGCGUGGCAAGAAACUCUUGUUGCCAUCCUCAGCAUUCGAGUCUUUCAUAGAGGAACCCAUAGGACUUUUAAACAAAGCUGCCCCUGUCACAGGUCCUCGGCCCGAGUUAGAUCCAGAUGUUGUGGCUGGGUUAGAUGAUGACUUUUUUGAUGAAUCAGAGGUUCAAAAUCCUGAUGACGACGACGCUCUUCCGGACAACUUUGUAGUUAUGCUCAACUCUGAAAAUCCUAUUCAUGAAUUAGAGGAUGAUGGAGAAUGGGAAGAUUGUGAAGAUGACGAUGAUAUUUGGGGAAAUAGUAGGGAACAAGAUGGAGAAAUGCCAGGACUGGAAGAAGUAGAUAGUGGCUUACAGUAUCUUCCUUCUUUGUCUAAGCUCAGUGCAUAUAGAGAGAGAGCACAGGAUGAAGGGUAUGAUGCUGAUGAAGAAGAACGAGACUUCAGUAGCGAUUUCAACGACAGCGAUGAUGAAGCAAGGGAUGAUAUUUGCAGCCUUGAUGGUCCAUCCAGAACCUUCAGAGAUGAAGAGACUAAAUCUCACUUCACAAAUUAUUCACUCUCAUCAUCAGUCCUCCAGAGAAAUGAGUUACUCUCCACAUUAGAUGACUGCUUUGAGGAGAAGUUUAUUCGAGAGUACCAAGACGAGCAUGUUGGAGCCUUAGAUGGUGAAGAUAUUGAAGGGUUCAUAGGAGAGGAGUCUCCUCUUUUCCAGCAGGUUUUGGAACAGUCGCACAAGCAGCUGCAAGAAGACUCUGAGGAUGACCGCACAAGGAUCAUAAAGUGGAUUAAAGACAUGCAAGAGAGACGAAGUAACGUCAAGGAGGAGAAAGACGAGUUGGAGAUUUCAGAUGAUGAACCUAGGGAGAAAUGGGACUGUGAAACCAUUCUGACAACUAAUUCAACUCUUUAUAACCACCCCCGGACUAUUACUGAUCCACCACGCCGCAAGAAGAUUGCAGUUGAUCCCCGAACUGGUAUUCCAAUAGAUCAUGGAGUUGGUGGAUUGACAAGAAGGAACCUAGCCCAACAUGACAAAGUUGGGGGUACAGAUGAUGCACAAGUUGAUACUCAGACAUUGAUUACAAGUAUGUCGGCAAUCUCCAUCCGUCCCCCUGGAGAGACCUCUGAUGAGCGGAGGUUUAGGAAGAAAGCUUUAAAGGAACUUCGAAGGGUAAGACAAAGGAAAGACGUGUGGAAAAGAAACUGAAUAGAGCGGCUUUCAAGGACGAAAGGAGGCGACAGGAAAAGAUACUUAUGAACAAUAAAUAUAAUAAUAAAAUAUCUUUGGUGUAAGUGCUUUUCUUGCAUCUAGAAUAAUUUUCCUUUAUUUUUACAUAGGCUUUCAACACUUUCUAUGCUUAUCAGAUGUUAAUAAUAUUAUAUUUGUUGCUCUUUAUAUUGCAAUUUAUUACCUAGGUGUGUGAUCUGCAAUGAACCAGAGAAAUAUUAUGGAAGUUGUGGAAAUAUAGUGUCCAGUGUGAGUGUAUUUGAGAAAGGAACUUACCAGUAUCCUCAUAGUUCAAGAAAACUUGUGACCAAUUUAAGGCCUCCAGCUGAUUAAUAUUGUUAAUCAUUUGGAGCUUUGGGGUUGGCUAGUGAAUACUGUAUCCAAUAAACUUAUUAAUCCAGUUGCUAAGCAAAUGCUGUUUAUGCCACUAACUUGUUUGCACGAAAUAUAUUCAGCAGUAAGUCUCAAUUUUUGCAUGUUUCAUUCCAUUAUCGCCAAAAACAAAAUACCUUGAUAUAUCUUGUUUUGCAUACCACGUGUAUUUAACUAGGAGUUUUCAAUAUUAAAUUGUUUGUGCAACGGUCUUCAGUUUUAUUUUAUAAUCUCAACAUUACUCUGUAGAACUGCACACCAUAUACCAUCUCGAAUAUUUAUCUGUAUGUUCUGCCAAUAUACCAAAUAUUAUGAAUAUUAA